AAGGCGUCUACUGCGGAAAAAACACUAACUUUAUUUAAUUUUAUGUCGUGAACAGUGAUUAAAAAUGGCAAGUCGGUCCAAGUUAACACUCGACUGGAAAAAACGUGUCAAAUCGGAAUACCUAAAAAUUCGUGCUAGCAAGCGGCUUAAGCGGACGGAUGAGGUAAAGUCAGCGUGGAAUCGCAAUCGCCAGAAAUUGCUGGAUCUUCUGGUCAAAGAAAACGAUACGUGGUUGACAACGAAUGCUGUCUGGACGCAGAAUGAAACCGAGCUUCCGCAUGUAGAGUGCAUGAAAAAGGCGGAAGUGGUUAAUCAUGAAGGGGUUCAUCAGACGGUACCCAUCCGGGUAAUUAAUGCCGUAACUCCCAUUCCCACAAUGUACACCUGGGCUCCAACUCAGCAGAACUUUAUGGUAGAAGACGAAACUGUUUUGCAUAAUAUUCCAUAUAUGGGUGACGAAGUACUAGAUCAGGAUGGUUCGUUCAUCGAAGAGCUUAUCAAGAAUUAUGACGGAAAAGUUCAUGGUGACAAAGAGGGCAGUUUUAUUGACGAUUCGAUUUUCGUAGAACUGGUCCAUGCGCUGAUGCAAUAUACCGGACGAGACGUAGAUUCCAACAGCAAUGACAGUGCCAAAUCGGCUAAGAGUACGACAAAAGCAUUGCCGGAAGAAACAACAAAAGAGCAGGCGCCAUCCAGUUCCAAAACGAAAUCUAAAACUGAAAAGGAUAUCGACAGUGUCAUCGAAAUUUCAAAAGACGAAUCCUUGCCCAAAUUCAAGUUGGAGCCGUUUGUUGUGGUAAAAAAGGAAGUUAUCGAUGAAAAACCUUUCCCAUCGCCGAUAAUUUUUCAAGCUAUUAGCUCCCAAUUUCCUGAUCACGGAACACCGGAAGAACUGCGGGAAAAAUACAUUGAAUUAACGGAACGUGUGGACCCAGAGCGGCCUCCUGAGUGUACUCCGAACAUUGACGGGCAGCGUGCAGAGUCCGUGUCUCGUGAGCAAACACUACAUUCCUAUCACACUCUCUUUUGCCGACGUUGUUUCAAAUAUGACUGUUUUUUGCAUCGAAAUCCACUUGUUGGCGAGCCGCCGAAUCGUCUGCAAGCGUGUCACCCUGGUCCCAACUUGCAGAAGCGCCGCUGGCCGGAGCUGAAGCAAUCCACGAAACCCUGCAGCACCUCGUGUUAUAUGCUACUGGAAGGCAUGAAGGAGCGUCUGGCGGUGGAUAACAAAAACAAAACACCAAUGGACUCCGGCAAUGAAGCCAGCUCUGAGGACAGCAACGACAGUAGUCGUUACAGCAAAGAGGCACCGUUCGGUAGCACCAAAGAGGGAACGAAUGGUGGUUCUAAUAGUCAACGAACGGUUAACGACUCGGUCAACAAUUCUGCCAAUCUGUUGAGCCUGCUAGGGGUAGCAGACGAGGAAUGGAACGGUUCGGAUAAAUCGUUUUUCCGCACGCUACAGAAAAUCUAUCUCAAUAACUAUUGCGCAAUUGCGGAGGCGAUGCUCAUGAAGAACUGUCAGCAGGUAUAUAUGUUUGCUCAGAAAGAGGCGGCCGAUAUUCCACCGAUCGAGGCUAAUAAGGACAAUACUCCGCCGAGAAAGAAGAAGAAGAAGCACCGACUGUGGUCCAUGCACUGCCGCAAGAUCCAGCUGAAGAAAGAUUCCAGCUCGAACCACGUGUACAAUUUCACUCCGUGCGACCAUCCGGGCCAGUGCGAUGCAAACUGUCCCUGCAUCGGGGCGCAGAACUUCUGCGAAAAAUUCUGCAACUGCAGCAGUGACUGCCAGAACCGGUUCCCUGGUUGCCGAUGCAAGGCGCAGUGUAACACCAAACAGUGCCCUUGCUAUCUUGCCGUCCGUGAGUGUGAUCCAGACCUGUGCCAGACGUGCGGAGCGGAGCACUACGAAAUAUCCAAGAUAACGUGCAAAAAUGUCAGCGUUCAACGAGCACUACAUAAACAUUUACUGAUGGCUCCGUCCGACGUUGCCGGUUGGGGUAUCUUCCUGAAGGAGAGUGCACAGAAAAAUGAGUUUAUCUCCGAGUACUGCGGAGAGAUUAUUUCGCAGGACGAAGCAGAUCGACGUGGGAAGGUCUAUGACAAAUACAUGUGUAGUUUCCUGUUCAACUUGAACAACGAUUUUGUGGUGGACGCAACUCGCAAAGGAAAUAAAAUUCGCUUCGCGAAUCAUUCGAUUAAUCCGAACUGUUACGCUAAGGUAAUGAUGGUGAAUGGUGAUCAUCGUAUCGGCAUUUUUGCCAAGCGAGCUAUCCAACCGGGAGAGGAACUAUUCUUUGACUACAGAUACGGACCGACGGAACAGCUGAAGUUUGUGGGCAUCGAGCGAGAAAUGGAAUUUCUCUAAGUUUUAUUUUAAAACAGUUUCAUUCAUUUUU